ACCAGUAUAAGAGAACCCGGAUGUCAAUAAGGUUUCGCACAUGCGCCGUUUGGUACCAGGAAAUCAAAACAAGUCUGUCAAGGGUGUUUGGAGCAACGUAAUUUAGAUUAGGGUGUCAUUCCUAAUUGAUCAGAAAGAAGUCAUGGAGGGUUCUGAGAUAGCAAAAGCUGGUUGGCUUCACAGACAAAGUUCAAUCCUUCAUCGCUGGAAGAGGAACUGGUUCGUCCUCCGUACUAAUGGAGAUCUCUUGUACUUCGAGAGCCCUGAUGAACCCCGGGCAGAAGAGAGAAUUGUCGUAAGAACCCGAGUACAGAGGAUUAAGCCUGGUUUUGAGUGCAACAAUGUGACUCCCCCAGAAGGAAUGUCCAAGGGAUGUCUGUUUGCUCUGGACAUGAGGAAUGAAGAGCUUAGACUGUGUGCUGAGAGUUCGGACGAUAUGAAGGCGUGGCAGAUUGCCCUGGAGGAAGCCCGUGUGAUGGGACAGAGAAGCCCCCCACCCCCCUACCCCGCGAUGGCCACCAACUCCAGCUAUGCUUACCCUGGUCAAGUAUUGUACACUGGGGUACCUGGCCAGACCAGACAUGUCAUGUACAACGGAGCCCUCGGCCAGACCGUCUACCAGCCCGGCACCGUCAUCCAGGGACCUAAUGGAACCACUACCACAGUUGUGACUAACCCUGGGCCCAACGUGGUAUACAUGGACGACUACGACUACUGUAACCGCUACCGCUGUAAUCGCUACCACCGUCACGGCUAUGAUGGAACUGACGUGGCGAUGGGUGUUGUUGCUGGUGCUGCCCUCGGGUCCAUGAUGUACGGACCGAUGUUUUGGUGGUGAAGGUGAUGGUCAGUCUGAUGUUCCGAUACCGAAGUUGAUGUUCAGUCGAGUGUUCUGGUCACGGAUACACUACAGAGAUGAACACUUAUACUGUGUACAAAUAAAACUCAUUAAUAUGUGCCAUACAACAAAAUAAUUUUCAUUGUCAAAUUGAAGUUUAAUUUAUACAUAUGAAAGAGUUAUGCCCCUUUCUACACAUACUCAUGAAAACACAACAGCACCCCGAUUUCCAUAUGAAAUACUUGUAGUCAUUUCUUAAAUGUCUUAUCCCAUGUUAAUUGUAUGAUUGAAAAAUUUAGUGGAAUGAAAAAAAAAUAUGCCUUGCAAAAGAUAUGUGCCUAAUCACAGGCUUAUGGUUGCUUAAAUUAGCUGAAAAAUGAAGAUGUGUUUACUAUUCACAUGUGAAUAGUUUGCCUUGUAUCAUGAUGUAUGAUAGACAAACACCUUAUAUUCAAAUUGUUGUGUGUUUUUUUCAAAUUCCAGCUUAAUGUUUAACAUUUAUUAAUCAUUUGGGUCACAGGUCUUUUUUUCUAUAUAAAAGCAUAACAUGGCUGACUGAUGUAAAAAUUAUUCUUCAUUUCUUUUUUCAUUUCUUUAAGUGGCCUUUACUGAGUCAGAGAACCAUUAAAAUUUUAUUUAUAAAAACAUUUUUAGGCUUUGAUGAAAUGAUAUUUAUUUAUUUUACAACACACACACACACACACACACACACACACACACACACACAUGCUGAGUUUUGUAGUUAGCGAAAGAAGUACCGGUACACAGAUGUUCGGGAACAAAAUUGCUUGUUUUUUACUUCACAGUUUGUAAUAUGUAUUCUCAUAUAUGUUUUUGUUUUCAAAUGAUUGUAUGUUUUCUCCUCUUUGUUUGGACUGUUGAUUUUGGCAACACAUAAAGAACAACAUCAGAGCCCCCUCGCUGAAUAUGAUCUAUUUGGGGGGAUUAAUGAUUUUACUGUUAUUUUGAAAAGUUAUUCAUGGAUGUUUUUAGUAGUGUAUUUUUCUGUCAGAAACCAAUACACUUUCCAAUAGAUUGUUCACUGAUUAAUGGUGAUGGAAAUGUUGGUAUUUUGGGUUGGUUUUCUUUUUACACAUAUGUGUAAUAUAUUGUGUUCUUUCUGUCAUUUUUGUCAAAUGUUAUUCAAGUUGGAGAGAUUUUUAAUCUGGGUAGCAUUGGGGUAGCCUUGUAGUUAAAGCGUUCGCUGGUCGCACCAAAGACCCGGGUUCAAUUCCCCACAUGGUGGUGAAUCUUUUCUGUGUUGCAAACCCAAUAUCCCAGCGUGAUAUUGCUGGAAUAUUGCUAAAAGCGUCGUAAAACCAUACACGCUCACUCUUAAAUCUUGUCUUGACUUCAAGUACUUGGAAUGUGCAAUUUUAUAAAUUUGUCUUCAUAAUGAAUGCAUUUAUUAAUUGAAACACCUUGUUGUAUUAUGUAGUAUUUCGGUCUCAGUGUAAUCAGAUUCUAACAACAGCUUGAUAGCGCACCCCUUAUAGAUAUGAUUCUCCUUGACAAAAGGUUGCUAAGGCGCCAUAGUUCAUUGUGCAGAUUUCCCUCCCUUGUGAAUGCUGAAUCACGUGAUUGUUGGUUCAAUGUUUUCGAGAUCGUAUUGCUGAUUAGUAAGCACCCCAACCAUUAGUCAGGAGGUUUGGUUAGGCAUGGCUAGAAAAGGGUACCAAAUUGUGGUAAAAGAAUAUGAUUUGAAUACUAAUGACAUACGAGUCUAGUCAAGAUUUAACCUCUCUUCAGGUACUACUGAAUUAUCUGCAUAGCACCAGUUUGUUACAUAUUCAAGUUUUUAUCUUACAGACUUUAAAAAUAAUUCUGUGCCUUGUCAAGAAAUUCACUAUAUAUUGUCAUUUCAACUGACGUUUUAUGAUGUCCAUUUACAAAAUGAGUCAUUGAUGAAAUCGGCUAAGUUAUAGUAUAUGUCUUAGUGUAUAUACUAGUAUAGAUAUUGAUGGAUCGAUAAUGCCCAUAGCUCCUCUUUAAGCAUAGUAUUUUGUGUCCCUUAGGAUGCUGUGUUUUGUUUUUCUGCUUCCAUUCUCUACAUUUGUGCAUACUGGAUGCAUGUUUGGGGCCACAAUACAUCUUGGUGAUACCAGCAUCGAGUAGAAACUUUCUAUCUCUUUUACUAAGUAUCUUCAACAAAAUCCUAACCAUGGUGUCAGUUCAUUCCUCGGGAGCUGAAAUAUAACUACGGGCGGUGGGGUAGCCUAGUGGUUAAAGCGUUGGCUCGUCACGCCGAAGGCCCGGGUUCGAUUCCCCACAUGGGCACAAUGUGUUAAGCCCAUUUCUGGUGUCCCUAGCCGUGAUAUUGCUGGAAUAUUGCUAAAAGCGGCGUAAAACUAAACUCAGUCAGUCAGAAAUAUAACUACAACUCUCUAAAUGCCCUCCGACCUAACAAAAUGUGCGAGAUUGUUGCAUUAUUGCCUUGAAAUUUAAAUGAAUUGUUUGCCCUUAUUAGAAGAAAGAAGGUCCAAAUGUAUGUUUAAUGAUUACAUGUUCAUUUCUGUGUGGAAAUAAUGGUAAUUAUUGGGUUCAGGAUUAAUCUUGACAAAUGAAAUUCCUCUUCCAGGCUUGUAUAUACAUUUUCUACAUGGUCCAUUAUGAGGUAGAAAUACUGUUCCAUAGCAUGACCUUGAAUAAGUAAUAACCUUAUUUUUGUGUAAAGCGUGACUAUUCACUAUUACUUCUAUUAAGUUAGCCAUUACAGUUAUUUGAUGUACUUAGAUAUUCUGUGAUGAUAAAUCAUUUCUGUCUCUGUGAAUAACUGAACGUUAAUAAAAUGUGAUAUUUAAUGUU